CCAUUAACAGAAAGUGAGAAAAGUGAGAGUCUCAAUUCACCUCAGCGUUUUAACAAACUACAUGACAGCAGCUGCAAAAGAAGAAGGAAACCCGACGACAUGAAUAAUCGCUCCAUCGCCUGGUGGCUGAGACAGAUUGGCCUUCCCCAGUACACAAAGACACUAGAGAGUGAAUAUUACGGUCUGGAAGGUUUGCUGAACGUCACGGAUACGGAGCUGAAAGAAGCGGGAAUAGAUGAUUCCACACACAGAGACACCAUCCUUAGUCAGCUUUCCAGACACAGACAGAAACUCGAUCCACACUCAGGGGGGGAAAUGCAGUACAAAUUGAACCGAAAGUACUCUCUGGGAUCAUCUAUGGAUCUGGUGAAGCCAAAAAAGGAUCUGUUCCGCCAGAGUGUUUUGCCCCGCCUCCAGCGCUCAGACAAAAACAGAGUCUCCGCCUCCUGCUCUCAGCUCCGCCCCCUGAGGGAGGACCACAAUAUUGGUGACAGGGACAACUGUCAGAACAGCAAACACAGUAAGAAGAGGAGUGUCGGCGCAUACCUCAGCCAGGUGUUUGGCGGUCGAAGAGAAAUGGAUUCCCUAAAGAAGGAACUGGAAGAGGAGCUAAAGCUGGGCACUGAGGAUCUGAAGAGUCACGCGUGGUACCAUGGGCCGCUGAGCCGAGAGGAUGCUGAGUCUCUGUUGGAAGGUGACGGUGACUUCCUGGUUCGUGACUCAAGCUCCGCCCCUGGUGAUUACGUUUUGAGUUGCUAUUGGAGGAAUGAGCCCAUGCACUUUAAAAUCAUAAGAGUGGUUCUACGUCCCAAAAAGGGUUACUCUCGGGAGCUGUUCCAGUUUGAGGAGGAUCGUUUCGACAAUGUUCCUGCUCUGAUUCGGUUCUAUGUGGGUGGACGUCGGCCCAUUUCUCAGGCCUCUGGGGCUGUAAUCUUUCACCCAAUCACACGAACUCUUUCUGUGCGUGUAAUCGCCGAGCGAAAUGCAGAGCGCAAAGGCAGCAGCAGUCGACAAACGCACACCAAUCGCAGCAAAAGACUCAGCUUCAGCGACACGCUGCAGCUCAGCAAUCCCUUGCUAAGGAGCGGAAGUCAGCCUGCCAACCUGGAGACUUUAGGACGGAGACCAUCAUUGCAGUCUGCACAGUCUGACAGUAGUCUACAAACAGGUGUUCCAGAGAACAGCCAUUCAGAGGACACAGGCCCCGUCCCCAUCUCGCCAGUAUUCCGCACCGGCAGUGAACCUCUGCUGAGCCCGCGACCGCGACACACCCGCCCCUCCCAUCCAGGCGGCGGUGUAACUUUGCGAGGUUCUGAUGGACAGCUGCACUCCAGAGCUCCACCCAAACCUCUCCGUAUCUCUACGGUCUUCCCCAAUGUCCCACUCGGUCAAACUACAAGCCUGGGGAAUGAUCCCUCCUCUUUCUACAAUGAGCUUGUCAUCCAGGUUCCGCAGUCUCGGCGUAAGGGUCAUGUAGACCGACUACGUGCAGAGGAGAAGUGGCAGAGUCGUGCCCGCCUCACGGAGACUUCUUUCGGUUUCCUAGAGGCCCAGAACGUGGCAGCGUCACAGCUAAUGUUUGAUGACCACAAGACUGGAGAUGGAGCAGACCGUAGUCAACCUGAACGGCCGCAUGUCGAGUCGGGGUCAUCUUUCCAGUUAGAUCAGUUUGAGUCGCUGCUGUUGCCUGAGAACAACCGACCUCUGGAGCCCAGCGUUCUGUUGACGCUCAAAGAACUAUUCAACCGCUCGGAUGCCACCACCACCGCGCUGCACAUGCUCAGUGUGGACUGUCAGGUUGCUCGUAUCGUAGGGGUAACUGAUGAGCAAAGGAGGAUUAUGGGCGUCGGAUCAGGUUUGGAGCUCGUCACAUUGCCGCAUGGACAUCACUUGCGACAGGACCUGCUUGAGCGGCACCAUCUAAUCGCGCUCGGAGUGGCAGUGGACAUCCUGGGCUGCACGGGAACCGUGAGCCAGAGGGCAACCGUUUUACAUAAAUUCAUCUUAUUGGCUCAGGCUCUAAAAGACUACGCCCACAAUCUUUUCUCUUUCUCAGCUGUGAUGAAGGCUCUCGAGAUGCCUCAGAUAACACGACUGGAGAUGACGUGGAGAGCACUGAGGAGGAACCACACCGAGAGUGCUGUCUUAUAUGAGAAGACGCUGAAACCCUUCAUGAACGCUCUGAAUGAAGGAGAUGAUUCGGUCGUCCAGGGUCGCCUAGCUGUGCCUCACUUGAUUCCUCUGCUCUUGCUGAUGGAGGGCGACGACCCUGUUGAGAACAGUGAGCGAGGCUGUCAGCUUCUCUACAAUGUUCUCCAGUCAGCACGCCGGGCUGCACUGCACGCUCCAGACUAUCAGCAGCAUGCACACACUCUGCUUACAGGAGGCUGGGAGCCGGUGCCGGAGCUGCUGGAGGCUUUCCGCACAGAGUUCGCCCUGCGGCUGUUCUGGGGUCAGUCUGGUGCAGAGGCAGACAGGAAGGAGCGUCACGAGAAGUUUGACAAGAUUCUUUGUGUCCUCUCGAAUAAACUGGAACCUGUGGAGCUCAGCGCCCAGAAAACGGACACGUGAACCAGAGAGUCAGAACCUGCACUUUACUUUCCUACUAUCAGAAAACUGCUGGAGUCGAGCCGUCGCACAACACGCUGUGCAAAUCUCAAGGGGAAAGCUUAUUUCCCCCCCUUCUUUCCUUUUCAUAAGGCUGAAAAACUGGAUUUUAUAUCAAAUGCAGGAAGAACUUUUUGACCCACAAACUGUGCAUUUCUGAUGCAAAUUAUAUGAUGAAAGAAGGUAGUGUGGUCCGUAAGUAAUUGUACAGUGACUAAUUUAGUAAUUUAGCCUCUAUACACCACAACAGAUGAUGAUCAAUAAAAAUAUCACUUCAGCCAUUUUCACAGCCCAUAGGUAACUGGACAAACUAAAUGAAAGUCUCUUAUCUUGGUGCCUUGGUGGCUCCCCUCACUAUUCUCCUUAAAAGAACUGCCUGCUCCAUGUUUACCACACAGUGCCAGACGGUUUGUAUUUGAUUGUAAUGUGAAAUCCAAGACUUAUUCAGAGACUUUGUAAUGUUCACGCAUCCAUCCCCUUAAUUACUGAAAGAAAACUGGCUGUAAAAGUGAUGAUUUGAAUUAAAAAUAACUUAAGGCACCUUGAUACUUGCACAAAUUUGAUCCCCGCACUGCCAUGCAAUUCGUUGUGCCAAUGUGACCGACUUUGUCCCAUUUGAUGCCACGUUAUAUAAAAUAAUUAUUUCGUAGCUGAUGAUGCAUUUGCUCUCAGAACUUGGCUGAUGAAAUCAUCCGUUAUUGCUCCCAGAAUCAGAGAAAUUAUCUACAGCUGCAGCUUCUCUCG